AGCAAAUUCAAGGAUGCAGACACCAUUUUACUUCGUAAUUGGCAACGAAGAUGAAGAGUUUAAUAUUAUUUCAUGCAUUAAUUUUCGUGUUUAGUAAAACAUAUGCAGUUCCAUUUGAAAGAAGAUGUCGAAACGACCAAUUUGAAUGUAAUGAUGAAGCAUGCAUCAGUAAAAGUCAUUGGUGCAAUUAUAGCCAUUAUAGCGGUCGUUGCAGUGAUUAUAGCGAUAGAAGACACUGUGAUUUACAUUAUCCCGGAUGCGCUGAAGAUCAAACCUAUUGCAAAAACAACGGAAAAUGCAUACCAUUUAAAUGGGCAUGCGAUGGAUAUAAGGACUGCACGGAUAACUCAGACGAAACAAAUUGCUUGAGAGAAGGUUAUAGAGUCGAAGAAUUACCUGGAGUAAGAGAAAGUAAGGAGAAAGCACUUUCGUGGUUGAAAAAACAAAGAAAAUUAGAUGGGGGUUGGGGUAAAGACACGAGUCGGGCCAUUGUGGCACUUCGUCUUUCCGAAGAACUCGACAUAAACUCUGCUAAUGUAACGAAUCAAUUAAUGUUUACGCAACUGAAACUUCAACUUUCUCAACUGUUGCUGAACGACAUGAAAGACAUCAAGAGUUAUGAAAUCGCAUCUUUCGUUAAUUCAUUACUUGCCAUUUGUUCUAAUCCGAAAAAUUUUCAAGAAUUCGAUUUAGUGAAUUUAUUGAAACUAAGAAUUAAAGAGUCUGAAUCGAUGAAUCCUGCAAUCGCGUUGGCAAUAUGCAAUUCUAAUCAAACCAUUCCACCGAAUGAAAUGAAAAAAUUAGAAAAUCUCUCUCUUAAAAGAGGCUCUCACUGGAUAGAUUCUAAAGCAUAUGCUCUGAUGGCAUUGUUGUGUCUUAAAAAUCGCAUGAAGCAAUUUUCACCACUUCAUAAAUACGAUUUAGAUUUUAAUAAAGCGAUGAGAAUCUUUUCAACAUUACAAAAUGAAGACGGUUCCUUCGGUAAUAAACAUACAACAGCCCUUUUCCUUCAAGCUUUAUUAUCUAUUGAUAACCAAGUAACCAAGGACAAAGAAUGGAAUGUAACGGCUGCUAUUAAUUACCUUCUGUCGCACCAAAAAGAAGAUGGCUCAUUCGGAGAUGCAUUCUCAGCUUAUCUGAUACUUCCAAUACUGAAUGGGAAUACAUUUGUUAAUUUGGGGAGUCUCAAUUGCAGUAUAAACCAACCACAUAACUUAAUAAUAGAAGGAGAAAUUGAAUCUAGAAGAAUUGAAAAACAUCGUGUAAAUUAUAAAAUCUUCGUUGGAGAGAACAAAGAUAUUAGUUUUAGUCUUUCUCUUAGUGUACCCAUUAAUUCGACGUUUUUUGAAGUCAUGCAAUUAGCUGAAAAAUUGGAUAAUAAAUUUAGUUUCGAAUACGUCGAUUAUCCAUGGGGUAAAUACGUCUAUUCGAUAUUUGGGAUAUUUAAUCAUCCGGAAGAAAUGAAUUAUUGGCAAUUGUUUAAAGAUUCAGAAAAUGAAACGUUUUUACUGCAAUCACCUGAUAAAAUGAUUCCUGGAAAAGAGGAGACUUACAUUUACUGGUAUAAAUCAAUAGCUGAUUAAAUAUAUCGUGCAAAAUUCUAAAUGUCUUUGACAUUAACUACUUCGUUUGCUAAAUAUACUAAUGAGAGUUUCGAAUUUUUAAACUUACACACAAGAGAUCCAAAAAGUCACAAUAUUCAUGUAUGUUAUGUAAAAGGUUUUAUACCGUUCAACGUAUCCGCACCAAAUUUGGAAUGAAUAUUCUUUGAUAGUCUAGAAAAACUACUGUAAGUCCCAAUUCCUUUUUAACCUAAGCCCAAGCAAUUUUUGUUUUGCAGUUUUAUUAUUGUAAAUAGAUGUAAAUUUUAGUUACUAGGGCCCUUUUUUUUUUUUUUUAAUUACUCUCUCCCAACCCGACUUCAACAAUCCCUAUUCUCUCAAAAGUACAAGCAAAGCCAGGCACAAGCAUUUAGUUUCUUAUAAAUUUCGCAAAACUUGCUAAAUCUCUAGUCUAGAAAAUCUUAGGCAACCAACUUUUGGGCCAUU